AAACAGUGACAACAUAAACGAACAACCUCAUGAAUGCCUCUCUAGAUCUCUUCACUCGAGCUUCGAUUAGCCAGAGAUAAACCAUGAUCUCUGCUCAAUCUUCUUGUUUUUUAGCUGAUCUCAAUGCAUAAGCUCGAUGAGAAAUCCAUGGCGAAUCACAGCCCUAGAAGGUCGGACAGGUUAUCUCUGUUCCGGAGAUCCAAGACGCUACCGCGAGAGACAAGCUCGUACCGGAGAUUUCAGAUUCCGGAGAACUUUUCCGCUGGGAGAAGUUACAGCGGAGAUAUCGAUAGCUGCGACGUGAGGAAUCAGGCGGUGGCGUUGAAAUCGGAGGCACUGUAUGGUUGUGAUGAUAACGGUGGCGUGAAAGCUGUUUCCGACGGAUGGGAAGAUGGAGUGGUGGUGGUGGAAGAGGAGGCGAAGGCGGUGGCGAGUCAAGUUUUGGUGACUCAGUCACCGAGUCAAAGGAUUACUCGGUGGUGGACCCGUUUUUCUCUCACUCAUUGCGGUUUUGCUAGCGAACGUUGUUUUGUGGUGAUAAGGUCGAAUUUCAUUGUUUUGGCGAUUAGGCGAGUCAUCAAAACUGGACUCAAAUUCUGUUUUAUGUUCUCUUUAAUUUAUGCGAUGGUUCUUCACAAUAAAGUUGCAAAACUAGAGGUAGAAAACUUUAUCCUUCAAACGAAAUGUAGCAACAGCGGAGUUUCUGUCCAUGAUAGUGAUGAAAUUUUACAACUUGAAGAAACUAGCAGUAGAGCUGUUGUUUUGUACACUGUGAUUAUCACCCUCGUCCUGCCAUUUUUGUUGUAUAAGCUUCUUGAUGAUCUCUCCAAUCUAAAGAGUCUACUGAAACGAACAAAGCAGAAGAAGAAGGAUGUUCCUUUGAAGAAAAGAAUCGCAUACUCACUGGAUGUCUGUUUUUCUUUACAUCCAUAUGCAAAGCUACUCGCCCUUCUCUUUGCAACUGUAGUUCUCAUAGUGUAUGGUGGCUUGGCGUUGUAUGCAGUCAGCGAUUGUAGCUUUGGGGAAGCCCUUUGGCUAUCAUGGACUUUUGUUGCAGAUUCGGGAAACCAUGCUGAUAGGGUUGGCGUUGGGCCUAGAAUAGUAUCUGUGACUAUAAGUGCAGGAGGCAUGCUGAUCUUUGCAACAAUGCUUGGGCUCAUUUCAGAUGCCAUCUCAAAGAUGGUAGAUUCAUUGCGCAAAGGCAAAAGUGAAGUCCUUGAAAGCAACCACAUACUAAUUCUCGGAUGGAGUGAUAAAUUGGGCUCUCUCUUAAAGCAGCUAGCAAUAGCAAAUAAAAGCAUCGGUGGAGGCGUUGUAGUGGUGCUAGCGGAAAGAGACAAGGAAGAAAUGGAAUCCGAUAUUGCCAAAUUGGAAUUUGAUUUAAUGGGAACAACAGUUAUAUGUAGAAGUGGCAGUCCACUUAUGCUUGCUGAUCUCAAGAAGGUCUCAGUUUCAAAUGCACGUGCUAUCAUUGUGUUAGCAGCUGAUGAAAAUGCAGAUCAGAGUGAUGCACGUGCCUUAAGGGUUGUGCUCAGUCUUGCAGGAGUGAAAGAGGGUCUGAAGAGCCAUGUCGUUGUGGAAAUGUGUGAUCUUGACAACGAACCCUUGGUGAAGCUUGUUGGUGGAGAGCGCAUUGAAACAGUUGUUGCUCAUGAUGUGAUUGGACGCUUAAUGAUUCAAUGUGCUCUUCAACCUGGCCUUGCACAGAUAUGGGAAGACAUCUUAGGCUUUGAGAAUGCUGAAUUUUACAUCAAAAGGUGGCCUCAACUUGAUGGUUUCUGUUUUGAAGACAUCCUUGUUUCAUUUCCUGAGGCAAUUCCCUGUGGAAUUAAGGCCGCAGCGGAUGCAGGAACCAUAAUCCUAAAUCCUAAUGACGGCUAUGUGUUACAAGAAGGAGAUGAAAUACUUGUCAUAGCUGAGGAUGACGACACUUAUGCUCCUUGUCCCGUUCCGGAGGUACGGAGGAGUCACUUUCCAAAAACUCAGGACCCUCCAAAAUAUCCGGAGAAGAUACUAUUUUGUGGAUGGAGGCGUGAUAUUGACGAUAUGAUAAAGGUGCUAGAAGCUCUGCUGGCUCCUGGAUCAGAGUUAUGGAUGUUUAACGAGGUCCCAGAACAGGAAAGAGAGAAAAAAUUGACAGAUGCAGGACUAAAUAUUUCCAAAUUGGCGAAUAUAAAACUCGUGCAUCGGCAAGGAAAUGCAGUAAUCAGACGGCAUUUAGAAAAUCUCCCUUUAGAAACUUUUGAUUCUAUCUUGAUUCUUGCAGAACAGUCGCUAGAGGACUCAAUCGUUCAUUCUGACUCGAGAUCUCUUGCCACGCUCCUCCUUAUACGAGACAUACAAUCGAAACGCCUUCCAUGCAAAGAUACAAAGCCAAACUCUCUAAGGAUCUCUGGAUUGUCCAAUAGUUGUUGGAUCCGAAAAAUGCAGCAAGCCUCAGAUAAAUCAAUUGUGAUCAGUGAAAUUCUGGAUUCAAGAACAAAGAACCUGGUAUCUGUUUCCAGAAUCAGCGAUUACGUUCUAUCAAAUGAGCUAGUCAGUAUGGCAUUGGCAAUGGUCGCGGAAGAUAAACAAAUAAACCGUGUUCUGAAAGAGCUUUUCGCGGAAAAGGGGAAUGAAUUGUGCGUCAAACCUGCAGAAUUCUACCUAUUCGACCAAGAGGAGCUGUCCUUCUUCGAUAUAAUGAUAAGGGCACGGCAAAGACAGGAAAUAGUUAUCGGUUAUCGCCUUGCAGGAAUGGAGCAUGCCAUAAUCAAUCCUCCGAAGAAAUCAGAGCCUAGAAAAUGGUCCCUUGAUGAUGUAUUUGUAGUCAUCGCUUCCAGUCAGUGAACGAAAGACUGUAGCUGCAGCUAGUUUCGGUAGAUGCCUCGGGGUGUUGAGUACAAUUGUAACGUCGCAUCCGAUCAUCCGACUGAACCCAUUGUAAACGGCAAACACGAAAUCAUGUACAUGUACAAUUGUAGCAUAUCAGCAAUCACUGGGUUCCUAACAAAUGGUAGAUGCACUUUAGCAAGUCCUCGAUCGAAGAGAUGUUGCCUCGUUGAA